UUCUUGUCUGUUCCCAAGAAAAUCUUGAAAACUCGAAGAAGAUGAAUCUCUAGAGAGAAUCACUGAAACCUCUGCUCUCUUUUUUCUCGGAUCGGUAGAGAUGAUGUCGAACCCACGUCUCUUGUUCUACUCUUGCAUUGCAAGAGGAACAGUGAUUCUCGCCGAGUUCUCUUCCAAGGACGAGCCAGAGAUCGAAGCUCUAGCUUUGCGAUGCAUCCAAAACGUGCCUUCUCAUCACUCCAUGAUCUCUCAAACUGUCCGUAAGAGAACAUACGCUUCGAUCAUAGACGGUUUGUUUACCUAUUUCGCCAUUUUAGACGAGGCCGUGACGAAAAAAGAGUCUCUCUGGCUCUUCACUCGGUUGAAAUCAGCCAUGGAGGCUCUGGUUUCAGACGGAUCUGCGUUGGAUAAACCGACACAACACUGUCUCCAAUCAAAACUCGAUCCUGUUUUCGCUGAGAUCGCUGGUGGUGGUAAUAAUAACAACAAGGAUUUGGAACCGGAGUUAGGUUUGGUUGGAUCACCGAGGGAGAUCAGGAAUCCGAGUCUUGAUUCAUCGAAAGAACAACGCGCGUUGAAGCCGCUUCUGGCAAAGCCAUUGAUGGUGUUGAAGAAGAAUAAGAAGAGAGUUCAGACGGAGGCCAAGAUGGAUGUGGCAGGAGGAGUAAGCGUGAGUAAUAGCAGGGGAUUACCAAGAAACGGGUUGAUUCACGAUCAUCAUCAUAGACAAAAGGCCAAACAGAUUUGGAAGAAACAUGUGUGGAUUGUCUUGAUGUUUGAUGUCUGCAUAUGUCUUGUUCUGUUUGGAAUCUGGCUUUGGGUUUGUCAAGGGUUUCAAUGCAUCCAAGCGUAGAGGAUACUAUCACUCACACUACAGAGUCUUCAUCAUCAAAUCCAUCACUACCAAAAAAGAGCUUCUUCUUUUAUAAUAUUACUAAGUUAUGGUUGAAUUUUCUUUUUAAAAUCCAAGGUGUUGUUUCCAGGGUUAAGUGCUGGCUUUACACCUUCGCGAUGAUGUUUACUAUUGUGUGUGUGUUUUGUUUGAAGUUUUUCUUCAUGAUGCUAAAGAAAAAUAGUGUUUGUAAA